UUUAGAUUCUGCAAGCUUUAUUUUUAUUUAUUUUAGUAGCGAAAUGUUUAAUUGUUGUCAUGUUUCUCCUCUCAUGGUUGAACAAUGGUGAACAACAGACGAGAGAAGAAGAAUAUCUGGAAAGUCAACAAGGCUUCAGACGCAAUGCCUUUAAGAUCAUCACUAAAAUGCUGGAUUGGUGUAAUAGGACUGAAGGAAGUAAAAAGUUUGUGGAUGAGAUACUUUACAGCAUCUUCUUUCUGGGAAAAAUCAACAAUCCUCAGUUUCUCCCAGAAAUGAUUUUUGCUGAUGAUAAGCAGAUCUUGGAGAACUUGAAGAAGACAUACCCUAAGCCUUUUGAGCUCUAUUCCACUCAACUACCCAGGAGGAGUCCUUUCUCCUGUGUGAUGGACAUGGAAGGGCAAAACAAUGAAAAUCUAAUAUUACAGAGUCUGAGAGACCUCCUCAAUGAACUGGAACCAAAGUUUCUGGUCUCCUCUACCAUCUGUGUCUCUCAUAAGUCCAACAUCCCGAAUUCAGACAGAUACUAUGGAGUAUCCAUGUCCACUGCUGGACAGGAAGCAGGGCAAAUUGUCAUUGCUGCCUCUUGUUGUAGCAUCUGGGAUGAUUAUGUAGCUGGUGCAGUGAUGACCUACUAUCCAGAGAAGGUCAAGAAGCCAUAUUUUGAUGGAACCGUGUCAGGCGUUCAGCCUCUGUAA